CAAGACAUGAGUGAAAAUCGUAACAUCGUGAUAGGGAGAACGUCUUAUCCAGCGCCUGGAGGUUCAAUGCUGAACCAAACAAUCUCCCAGAUGCACAUGUCUCAACAAAUAGGAAUGGGGAACGCCCAAAUGAUGAUAGGGGGGACCCACGCUAGUACCUGUAUGUAUUCGGGCAUGGUGAAACCUGGUUCAAACUAUUCUAGUCCACGCUCCAGUGUGGGAAGUGGAGGGGAUUCCAAAGGGUCGAGUCCGCGGACUAGUCUGACCAACCCGCCCCCUCCUCCUCCAUAUGACCAGAGAUUCGGAAGUCCGCGCUCCAGUCUGGCCAGUCCAAGGUCUAGUAUAUCCUGUACAUCAUAUGAAUCUAAAUUAUCCAGUCCGCGGACCAGUCUGGCUGGGAUGUCCGGAGUGAUGCUGGACAAAUUCCCUCCCAGCCCCCGGAACAGUUUGGUCCUGGAUAACUAUGGACAGUAUCACCCAAAUGUUAGUCUGGGACCCACAAAGAAUGUGUAUCUAUUAAAUGACAGUCGCUUUAACGAGCCUGCACCUCACGCUCCACCUGCAUAUACAGACCCAAGACUGAGAAUGCAUGCGAGUCAUGUAAGUGUGUCCCAAAUGAAUAAUCAAAAUCUUAAUGGAUCUCAUUUUCACAAACAGAUGAAUGGUAAGCUGAAUUAUUCCAUGUCUGGAAGUGGGAGCAUGAACAGUUUACCUGGUUCCCAGGGGACGCCACCAGCUAUUCCAGCUAGGAUCCCUUUGAAUUCAGCAUCCAGCAAUAAGAACUUUGAAGUAGAACUAGCAGUGUUAACUCAACAACUGGAGGACAGUAUGAAAAUGACCGGAUCUCAGAAUUUCCCUGGGGAACAGACAGUGCAUAAACAACCCCCUCCCCCUUAUCAUGGUCCCCACAAGACAGAACCUGUACCUAGUCUACCACCCAGAAAUCCACGAUACACGACCGCCAGUCCUAAUUUCAUUCACACUUCUCAGCAUCACCAACAGCCUCUGACGUCCACCAGCCAAACCGGGUUUGUGACCUCAACGGUCCCCACUCAUGGGAAGAACCCCCCCUCCGUGGCUGUGAGACCCCAGACCCAGCAGAUCCCAUUCCAUGUGACCGCCCAUCACGGAAAGUCUGUCACGGACAGCAUUGAACAGAAAGUGGCUGCCCUCACCCAGCAAUUAGAAGAUGACAUGGAGAAGUCCCCCCAGGGGGAAUACUUCGGUCAGUGUUUUACAUGUGGGGAGAGGGUGGCAGGUGCUACGGAGGCGUGUCAGGCCAUGGGCAAUCUGUACCACACCAGGUGCUUCGUCUGCUGCUCCUGCGGUCGUACGUUGCGGGGGAAGGCAUUCUACAAUGUCCAUGGCAAGGUGUACUGUGAGGAAGAUUAUCUGUACUCUGGUUUCCAACAGACUGCUGAGAAGUGCUGUGUUUGUGGACAUCUGAUCAUGGAAAUGAUAUUACAAGCCAUGGGGAAGUCCUAUCACCCUGGCUGCUUCAGAUGUUGUGUGUGCAAUGACUGCUUGGAUGGAGUCCCCUUCACCAUCGACGUAGACAACAAGAUCUACUGCAUCGCUGACUAUCACAGAGUGUAUGCGCCCAAGUGUGCAGCAUGUGGCCAGGCUAUAACCCCAGUAGAGGGUACCGAGGAGACUGUGAGGGUGGUGUCCAUGGACAAAGACUUCCAUGUGGAUUGUUACCAUUGCGAGGACUGCGGAGUUCAGCUGACAGAUGAAGCCGACAAACGCUGCUAUCCACUGGACAAUCACCUGUUCUGCCACGGAUGUCACAUCCAGCGACUGCAGGCACAAUUCCCAGACGAACAUUUUUUCUAUGAUCCUGUGACCAAAAAUAUACAAAACACGGUCACCAAGGACGGAAAGCAGCGGAACAGCAUCGCCAUCACCCCAGCUUCCCUGGAGUCCUACCCCCAGAACCUUCCCCCGUCCCUCUCCCACCCCCAAACCAUGUCUAAAUCCGACUCCCCCUCUUCCUCUGUCCCGGCCUCCCCAGCCAUGAUGAAUGGGGGGAGCUACAACUACCCGGGUCGAUACGACGGUUACCGCCCCCAGCCUGGUCCCCAAGUCCCCAGCUUAAAGCCUGGCGCCACUAGGUACCAGGUCACCGAUCUGUAGCCGCCCAGGGAGAACGUUGCUCUAACGUAGCUACUGGAGAACAUUCUGAUAAAAUUAUCUAAAGAAAUGAAUCACUUUGGAAAGCCAAGUUGGUACAGGACAUUAGCUGUUUUGUGAUUUGUUAUGGUUUAUACGAUACAUAAUGUCUCAAGUUUACAAUUCAUUAUUAGUGCUUUGCUGCUAAAACUAUUUUUUGUCUCAUUCUUUUGAUAUAAAAAGGAAACAUUCCAAAGAGAGAUAUGUGCUUACAGGUUUUUUUGUGCAUUUAUUUUUCUUCUUCGAAUCUUGUAACCAUUAGACAUUGAAAGUUUGGGAAUUGUUUUAAUAUGGUUCAUUUUGCUUUAAUGACUUGUCUGUAGUAUUUUGUUGGGUAAAAUAUUGUGUAAGAUUUUUUUUAAAAUGUAGAUGAAAUCAAUGAAUUAGAAAUCCCUAUUUUUAAGUGAAAUAUUAUGUAACUGGUGGAAAUAAAAGGGAGACUACUGCAGUUUGUUGCAGCCUCACUUUGCAAUGUUUGCAAUGGGUACUCAAUGAGAGUGAAAGCAAUGGUUGACUAAAUGUGUUCAGUAUUGCAAUAGUUUAGAAGUAGGCAAAUUGUAUCUCUUCCAGAUUGUGUGGCGUGUUCCAGGGUACCUGAUUUUCAUCUUUUAUUACCUUCACCUCAUUUUUCUCCGAAGUUUGACGCCAUUUUCUAUUUUUAACUCGAGCUAGUCAGUCUCUGUAUCCAUGACCCUAUAGCAUCACUAAUGUAUUUAUGUCCGACAUUGUUCAUCGUCUCAUGAAGUCAGUGUAUAAAAACCUUAUCAAGUUCUAAUCCCUCUUUUAUUGUCAAGACGUGUGUUCAGUAUGUCUUGUUCCAGGUGCAAGAAAACAAAUAAUACCUUAUUUUUGUAUAAGACAGCUUUUAAAUGAUUUAUUUUCUGUCUCAAUACUGAUGAAUACUGAUAAAUGUUCAUGAAGCAGCAACCAUUUUUUGCUUCACUAAAAAAUGUAUCUUUAUUUCUCAGACCUAGAACACAUCUUCUUUGGUUCUAUAUGCCUUCCUUGCUUUAGCAAUUACUUGUAUUGUGUAGGGAAGGUGAUUUCAUCCCACCAUUUAAAGCUUGCCCUAUAAAGGUGUGUAACUGGCUGUAUAUUUAUUUGUUUUUGGACUGUUCAGUGUAGAUAUUAGUUGUUUAUUUUAUUUAUAUUUUCACAUACUUUGUGGGUUGUUUAUGUAUAUUUAUUUUAAUUUCUCUCCAUCAGAUCCUAUGACAAGAAUUCCCGCUUCCUCACCUCAGUACUUUACACCAUGGGUAGAAUUAUAUGUCCUGCCUAAAACUAGGGCCUCUGUUUUUUGUUUCGUUUUUUUUGUAGAGAUAAGAAUUUAUUUUUCAAUGCUUGAUUUUCCAUAUAUGUAAAAGAAACUCGUAAAAAGCAAUAAGGGAUAGGUUUUGUGUCAAUUUUCUUUUUUGAACUUUGAAAUAAAUGUCUUCCUUUUAAUAACUUGAUUUAGGGGAAAUUUUACCCUGUUUGUAAAUCAACAGUUAUGAGUGUCUUAGAUUUAAAGGGAGAAAAUGGAAUAAAUCUAUAGUGCAAAAAAAAGAGUACAAAUCUUUAAAGCCCCUGACUGGUUUUAUUGAUGAAGAGAGUGGUCUAUGGAAAUUUGUUUUGGUUACUUGUUAAACAAAUUCAAGUCUGACUUUGAUUGCAUAUCAAUGAAUGAAAAUCAUUAGGUGUUGAAUUCACAAAUAUGACCGUUUUUGAAAAAAGAAAAAAAUUCAAAUUUUUAGAUGCGAUAACUGUGUAUGAGAUGAGAGUCGUGUGGAGACCCGUUAUUUGUUAAUGUUCUGUGUUUAUGUCCGGGGUCGUCCACACAUUGAAUUAUAUUUUCUUAGAUCUGAAUGACAGACUGUGUUAACCCCUCUCUGUCCCCACAAGAGGGGGGGGGGGGUGUCUGACCGCUAGAACGCCUCUAGAGCAUAAAAAGGCUACUUGUGAUAAGAGUAGUUGAUAUUUUGAAUAAAAAAUCAAAAGAAAA